AUGACUAGAAACUGCGAGUAUAUUCUUACGGCAGAGUUCCAUGUGGACCAAGGUCCUAUUUUGGUUCACCAAUACCCCCAUUCCAUGCCAGGAGAUCUCCCAUUCUUACCGGAACUUAUGAUACCGGAUCAGGUCCAUAAAAGGGAAGACGACUUUACACUUUUCUUGCUCUAUAGAAAUGAAACUACUGGUGAGUUUCAAUAUCUUUAUGACCGCAAAUAUUGUGAAGAAAGCCCUUAUUUCCUUUACACACUCGUGACAAAUAUGAAGGACGAUACGUUGUACAAACGAGGGUCACUGAUCAAAUCACUAAGCAUCAUUACCAAGCUAUCUUUCUUCAAGAACUUUAAACCCUUGAUGCUUAUCUGCUUGGAUAAAUAUUUCAAGGAUAACAAUCUACUGAUAAUUAAGGAACUAUAUGAACUGAUAAAUGUCAAGAACUUAUCAUUGGGUAUAAAUAAACUCUCAAUGGUACGCAAACUAUUGGUUACUUCCAUCUUAGACUUGCCCAUCCAUGAUAAAAUAUAUUAUGAUGAAAAAUUUAGAAAUAAAAUUUUGGGGCUAAAAUAUAUCAUCAACACGGACUUAUUUAUCCGAAAAGAUUUAAGUUUCAAUUCCAUUAUCAAGUUCCAAAACAUGAAGAUCCCCAUAAGAAUCCCUAUGAUCCAAUUACCAGACAAUAUAGGGGAUUAUUAUAACCCUACAGAUAUUAAUUUUAAACCUAAUCUUAUUAAUAUCUUAAAUGCCAAAAUAUCCCCCACAAAAAUGGUUUACAACAACGAGUUAACGAUCUACGGAAUGCAAACCCCACCUAUAAUCAUUCUCAUUAACGCGUUACUUACGGGGAAAAGGAUCUUGUUUCUCAGUUAUGAGAACUCCUCAGGGUAUAUCAUUGACCAUAUACUUUUAGUACUUAAAAUUAUCACUGGAGGCGGGAUCUUAACUGGGUUCUUAACUAAUUAUAACUUGUUCCCCAUGAUCGAUGUGUCUAAGAUUGAAAUCCUUGAAAAAUGCGAAAGUUAUAUUGCGGGGACGAUUAACCCAUUUUUCAAGAACAACGAUAAACUUUGGGAUUUGCUUUAUGAUUUGGAUUCAAAUGAAAUCUUAUUUGCUUCCCAUUUAGAUCAACCGGAGUUAUCACCUAAUAAUCCGAAUAAUGCCGCUUCAGCCUCAGGAUUCCGUAAUUCCAUCAUUAGUGAAGAUGCGAAAUUUCUUUCCAACUUACAAUUGAGUUUAUUCAACUAUAACGAUGAUCUAACCACCAUUCAAUUGAUUUUCCGAAGACAUAUCAAUGAGAUUAUCCGGAUUUUACUUUCUUCAAAGAACUUUAGCUUUACCAUGCCCUCGUCACCACCCUUAGGUCACGGCCAUCUCAACCACCACCCUCUUAAUCAACUAGGCUUGACUCAACACCAAUCUCCGCAGCAGCAACAGGUAUUGCUUCUCGAAGGAGUGGGCUACCAAUGGACCUCGGACAUGAACAAACUCUUGGAAGUGAGUUGCUAUCAAUCCAUCCAAAAGAAGUUUCAGAACUUGCUAGGAGAAGGGAAAUUGAGUUACUCGCUAAUGCUACCCAAUUUGAGAAACGAGUUGAACUUGAUGAUCGACUUGCAGUACCAUCUUCAAGGGUUACAGAAUUCUUCCAAACCCAACGAACGGGAAAUAUGGUUUAACAUCUUAAAAUACUUAAUCAGUGGAAAAUCAUUGGAAAUUUUUCUCUUGGUAACGUAUUUGAUUCCUCCCAAUAGCUCAACCAGUUUACAAAGUUCAAGCAUUCAUGGAGGGAAUCUUACCAUAUUUGACAAGAAUAAAGGUAUAGAGUUACUCCUUUUGAACUUGUUCAAUCGGGAUGACCAAAUCAAAUCAAACGUUAUAAUGAUUCUUCAGGAGUUACAAGACAAUUAUUUGUGUGGAUGGUGUCUUGAUAAUUUCAUCAAGAAUAAUGUCAUCUAUGAAAUGGCAUUCAACGAAUUGAUCAACAAGUAA